GCCGCCGGCGCCGCCGCUCACUCGGCCAUCGAGGAGAAGGUGAUGAAGGGCAUCGAGGAGAACGUGCUGCGGCUGCAGGGCCAGGAGAAGGCGGCGGCGGGCGGCGAGGCCAAGGCGAAGGCGGCGGGCGGGCUGGCCAGCUGGUUCGGGCUGCGGCGCAGCAAGCUGCCGGCGCUGAGCCGCCGUGCCGACGGCGCCAAGGGCCGCGAGGGCGCCCGGGCGGCCGCGCGCCGCCUCGACGCCGAGAGCCUCAACAUCUCGCGCCUCAUGGAGAAGGCGGAGGACCUGCGCAAGGCGCUGCAGGAGGAGCAGGCGUUCCUGCACGGGCUGGCGCUGGAGAAGGGGCGCGGGCGGGCGCGCGCCGCGGCGCCCGGCCCGCUGCAGCUCGUCUACCACGAGGUGACGGCUGAGACCUUCAUGCAGCAGCUGCUGGACAGGGUGGACGGCAAGGACGUGUCCCUGGAGAGCCGCCUGGAGCACAAGCGGCAGCUCUGCGAGCGGCAGCGCCUCUCGCCCGACGCCAAAGACCCGCGGCUCUGCCGCGCGCCCCGCAACGGCAUCGUGGGCCACGCGCGGGGCUGCGCCGAGCCCCCCGCCAAGGGCGCCGAGCUGGCGCUGCGGGACGAGCUGCCGUCAGACGAGAGCCUGUCGGAGUCGGGCACGUCGCAGCACUUCCCAGCCUGCGGCUCCCUCACGCGGACGCUGGACAGCGGCAUCGGCACCUUCCCGCCGCCCGAUUACUGCGGCGGGGCGCCCGCCAAGAGCGCGCCCCGGCCGCGCCACUCGGAGUCGCUCAGCGACUCCCUCUACGACAGCCUCUCGUCCUGCGGGAGCCAGGGCUGA